AAGACAUUUCUCCAGAGAAGAGGGUUGGCUCUGCUCAGAUUAACAGUUUUACCCAGCAUGUUUAAGUAGAGCGCACUUUAAAGUUCAUGACAGCGGGUUACCUCCUCACUUUACGCACAAAACUAAGUAAAACAGCACCAGCGAGACUUCCUGAUUUCAGCUGUUGCUUAUAGACGUCGUGGGACAGAAUGACCACCACCAUGGACAAAGCUCACAACUUUCGCAUCGACGCGCUCCUUGCGCAUGACGCGGAACACAGGACUGACAGUGACGGUGCGCCCCCCGGGCUCUAUUACAGCAGGAGCCCCGGCGGAAGUUCUCUGUCGCCCCGCGGCUCACAGACACCUUCACCUCACUCAAACCCUACAAACUCCUCUCCAGUCCACCCAGGAGUCCUCUCCAAGUCUCAGCUCUUGAACUUAUCCCAGUCAGGAUUUGCUGCCCUGCAACAAGGGGGUCUCCUCGGAAUGCACCCCGGCUCCAUGUACCCUCUGGCGGCCCUAGGAGGCCAGCACCACGCCUUCAUAUACCCCGGUCUUGCGCAGCUGGUCCAUCCGUACCCUGAGCAGUUGAAGGCGGCCACUUUGGCGGCGGCGCACCCGCUGGAGCCUUGGAUCAGAGCCGGGAUGAUGAUGCCCAGAGUGGGCGAGUAUGGUGGCCAGGCUCAGGCGAGUUUGUUGGGGAAGUGUCGGAGGCCGAGGACAGCUUUCACCAGCCAGCAGCUGCUUGAAUUAGAAAACCAGUUCAAGCUGAACAAGUACCUGUCCAGGCCUAAACGCUUUGAGGUGGCCACUUCAUUAAUGCUGACUGAGACUCAGGUUAAAAUCUGGUUCCAGAACAGACGUAUGAAAUGGAAGCGAAGUCGUAAGGCCAAGGAACAAGCAUCCCUGACCUCCUCACUGACCGGCACAGACAGCACAGGGAUGGAUGUGCACAAGCCUCAGAGCGACUCACACAGCUCCAGUCUUGAGGAUGAAGAAGAGAUAGAUGAGGAGGAUGAGGAUGAGAAAAGUUCUGUGGGCCCUGUAGUCUUUAUGAGGCAUACAGGAGGAGGACCAGUGAACUACAGCUCCUACUCAGAGGAGGAACUGGAGGAGGGAGGCCAAGGGACUAAAAGUGAUGUUUUCCCUUAGCUAUGAUGCUUGGCAUACUUUUAUUUUAUUCCUUUAUUUAAACUCUUGUGAAGAGAAUAUUACACAAACAGGUGCACAAACAUUGAGACAUCUAGGGACGUAUUGAUGUAUCACAUGCCGUGAAUCAGACCUUCAAAAUUAGCACUAAAUAUAUCAACUCCUGCACAUCAGCUUUGAUAAAGACAAUAAAAGAAAUGUUAUUUAUUUCAGACAACAAGGACAAAAAGUGAAAAGCCUCUGCCCCUAUCCAGUCAUCUGUGAUAAGCUUAUUUAUCCAUAAAAAUUCACGCAUUUACUGACUUCCAUUGGGGUUAAUAGCACUUCAGUGGACAACAGUGGACACAAACAAAUCCAUAAGCUUGUUGUGUUAUUUGUUAAAAGUGCAUCCCUAUCUGUUACAGCUGACUGUCGAAUAUUUCAAAACAUGUCAUAUUAUUGACUUGAAUUCUUUGUUUUUACCCAACUUUAUGGCCAGGAUUUUUUAUAAUAAAUAUUCAGCUGUGUUGUACUGUAUACUUGAAACUGCAAGUUAUUUUAUUGUAAUAAGUUAAAUAAACGCACACAAACACAGACAAAUGUGCGCACAAAAAUAGCUGCAGGUGCUGUAUAGUUCUUGUAAUGUACUGUUAAUAUGACAAUUUUCCUGUAUGUUGUGUCUU